AGCCUUAGGUUCUUAAAGUUCAAGACCAACAGCUCUACGUUUUCUUUUUCUUCUUGAAGUACUUUACGACGAUCAUGAGGCGCGUUGGAGAUUACGAAAUACUGGACGUUCUGGGUGAAGGCGCGUAUAGCAAAGUGAAGCGAGUGCGCCACAUACCAACAGGAUGCGUUUUCGUAGCUAAAAUCAUUUCGAAGACCAGCCUGCAGGUAGAGAAUGAUGUACGUCUCGAAAUCUCUAUUUUGCGACGGCUGAAACACCGCAACAUUGUGCAGCUGAUUGAGAUCUUAGAGAGUGGCAACAACUACUACAUCAUUUUGGAACCUGUCAUGGGUGGAGAUCUGUGCGAUGUCAUAAUGGGAAUGGACAGUCCGCUCCCAGAACAGGAUGUGGCGGCGCUUCUCAUACAAUUGGUUGCCGGGAUCCACGCGUGUCACCGAAACGGUGUCGCGCAUCGUGAUCUGAAACCGGAGAACCUUCUUCUUGGCACAGAUGGAACGCUCAAGAUUUCAGAUUUCGGUCUUAGUCGUCUUCAUCGCGAAAGUAACUUCAAGGCAAGUACGAACGAGUAUGCGCACACACUCACUGGCACCUUGGCUUAUGUGGCUCCGGAAGUUUUUGAGGGGUCUUACGACGCUUUCCGUGCUGACAUAUGGUCACUGGGAUGCAUUGCGUAUGUGCUGUUGACGCAGAACUUCCCGUUUGGACCUACCACCGACCCACAUGCGUUGGAGGAACGCAUCCGUAACGGAGAACCGUCUGUAAUGCCAUCGUAUGUGAGCGCCGCAGCCACGGACCUGUGCAUGUGGCUGCUCUCACCCUCCCCGGAAGAUCGACCAACGCUGGAUGAAGUUUCUCAGCAUGAGUUCUUUAAGAAGAACCUUCCUGGCGAGUAUCUUGCAGCAGCCACAAAUCGCAAGCCACCAAUAGUGCAAGGUGCAAACAUGAACGAGUUUAGCUCGCGCGUUGAGGAGACCCAUCCAAACAGCAUCAGUUACUCCGGCGAAAAUCGCGAUGCUGCUCUGACAAGUAGUGGAAAUCAAUUCCGGAUGCCCAGUACCGUGCGAACCUCAUCGUCGAUCCGCGGCGUUUCCGGUGCUGCAACGGGGAGUAGCAGCAGCAGCGAUAGCGAGCAAGUCCAACGUUUACCGAGUGAUGAGUUCGACUGUUCCACCGACCCAACUUCCUGUUCAGGAAAGGCACGAGGUGACAAAUCGGUUGCUUCACUGGCCGUGCAUCGCAUUCCUCCGGUUGCGCACUGAGUUUCUUUUUCCUCUUGGUGUGGAGUUGUGUUCUUGUCUUUCCCUUUUUUUUUUGGUGUUAUACUCCCGCAAGCAUCUCAGCAAACUAUUGUCUUUUUCUUCUUUUCUCUCUUUGUACGAUAUAUAUCUCUCUAGUGGGUUUUACCUGCGUUCGUUACUAUGUGUCUUUUUCAAUGCUUUCUCCUUUUCUGUUUCUUCAGUCUUUCUAUUUUCCUUUUUUGCUCUAAUACUAGUAUGCUGUUUUCUUUUUCCUGCUAAAGUUGACAACCGCGUUUAGCUACCAGUAUGUUUGUUGCUUCCUAAAUUGUUUUGUAUCAUGCAAGCGGAAUCACUUUGGUAGCAACGAUAGGUGUGACAUCAAGCGAAGGAUGCACUGGAGGUCAGCUCACAUAUGACAGAGAGUAGCUGAAGCCAACAGGUCUUGUUCUGCUUUUUUUUUUCCGACUAGCAUUUCCUUCUUUGCUUUAGUCCCUUUUCAACACACUGGGUUCACGGAGACCUUCACGUUACUGCUGAAUGAGGAAUGGGCCCUGAUAAAGGACAGCUCAUUCAAUCGUCUUCAGUGGGAGAGCUUCUCUUGUCUUACACGAUAGGUACAACGACUUCGCUUUCGCUUCCUGGCCCUACUUUUCGAUCCGUGCUCGACUUCUCGCCAGUAUACCAAACUUUGAUUUCUGUGCUUGCUGAGAGCGUAAUUUCUUCGAUAGUCGUUCUGCUCUCGUGAACUUUUCAUAAAAUAAUUAGAAGAAGAGAGUAGGCGGCGGCUAAAAGCAAUGCAUAACGUUGCGCUGCUCCGAGCAGUGUCAACUGUUCCUCCGGCUUGCAUUCACGCGAAUGCGCGCACUCGAUUGCUGGAGCACACGGGGUGUGAAACGGAGAGUGCUUCACAACGGGUCGAACGCCAGGCUUGCCGUCUGCGCAAUGAACUGAGAAAGAUGCACAAAUUUUUCUCUUCAAGGCUUUCUCUGGGAAGUCACGUCCUCUACCACAUCGUUUUUUGAACGAUAACGCGUGGCAAUAAAUCAUGAGCAAGAAUCUGAGUCGUACGUCAACGCAGCGCACAUCAGCUUUGAUCGCCUGGCCGUGCUCAUUACGGCGAUUCGAGGUGUGUCUGGAGGUCGUAGCAAAACUUGUGGUAUGACCUCCAGCGGUGCUGGCGGUUGUUUCUUGGAGAAGAAGAGAUCUUCUCUCUUCCCCGUUUUGAAAGAAUCGCUUGCUGUUAUCAAGCAGCGUUCUGAAGCGUGCUGUGGCGUCGUUUGCUGUUUGAAUUCUUUGAAACUGCCCAACACGUACACGCAUACACGCAGGUUAGCACCUAGGGCUUCCUCUCAACGUAGAAACCCUUUCAUUUUUUUGAGUUCAUUUGACUUCUUAUUGAAGCUUCUGCGACGAGAGUGUACCUUGUGUUUGCACUUCUCACCUUUCUAUUCUUUUUUCUGUCCUUUCGUUCUUGUCCUUUUUUCCCAUCGUUUGCUGUAGCUAGCGAUCAAUAUACAUCAUCUUCGUUUUUCUCGUUUCUCUUCGCAAUUCCUUCACGUUUUUCUCCCCCCUUUUGUGUGUGUCAUCUGUUUUUGUUGAAAAGCCAAACAGGAGGCACCUGUUUUUCUUGAUACCUAGUUUCGGCAGUCGUUGAAGUUGUGCAAUGCGUCGUUAACAACCAAUUUCUUUUCUCCUUUUCAGAACGUAAUUUACUUGCGGAUAUCGAGCUCGCAGCAACCUCCCAGAAUCCUGUUUCAAAAAAAAAGUGAGAGCAAGCGGACAAAUACUUUAAAAAGGGUAAGCGUUCUUCAAUGCUCUUCAAUACUCUCCAAAUUCUUCUAUUGAUUCAUUGGCUUUUGUUUUUUACCUUCUUCGCUUUAAACCCUCAUCGGUGUUUUGUGUGCCGGCCUGUUGCUUCUUGUCAAGAGUUUCUCCUGAUCCCUCAGCUUUUUUCGUCGACUUUUUUUGAUGCUUCCUUGUUCCAACGACACGGUUCAUGGCUAGCGAGGAGGAUUGCAGAAGGAACAGUAUAAAGGGAAAGCGCGAGUUGCUCUUCAAACACGGCAGUCGGGAGAGAUUGCUUGAUAAUAAGUGAGCAACGCUGGCUAGUUCAGCGAGCCACGCGAGCGCUUCGAUCAGCCAGCAGAGAAGAGCAAGACACAACAAUGCACAUCCGUAUUUAGCUUCUCGUCUUUAAAAAAGAUUUUCUCCUUUUUCUCACACUGUGCCAUUGGUGAUACCUGUGUUGCGUUGUGAAGGCAAACGGAGUCGAGCAACGUUACGUUGAGCUCGCACAGUCGCGGAACCUCCUUGAUUUCGUGUUAGCGUGUUCUGCGUCGCGUUCUUUCCCACUUUUUCCGUUUCAAAUGCAAUAGAGAUUUCUCUUCCUUGUUCCCCCCCCCCCUAUUGUCCCGGUGCGUGGUUGUUGACUGAUUCAUACAAAUGUACAUAUACGCUUCCAGUCUUCCAAUUUUCCACCGUGCUGUUCUGACCGGCGCCUUUUCAUUCAAUGACGUCAAAAAAAGAAAGAAAAAUCGCUGCUCCUCUCUUCUCUGGUCGAACUCGUUGCAUCGAAUGAUGCGUUUACUUACCCCGCCCUUUUUUCUCCUCUACCACUGUUUAAACAAACGUAAAGAUUGCUCGUUCUUUUCCUUUACUCCUUUAGCAUGUCUCCCACGAAAUUAAAACACGAAAACACCCAGCAGAAGGUUUUAUUUUCCUUUGCGCUACCGCUCAUGGCUGCCAGCUUUCAACAAACGCUAAUGGCAGAUGGGCGGCUGCAUUCCCAAUCUUUUUGUAUGUUUGUUCUUCACCAUUUCAUCAUAUUCGUCUGAUCUAUAACACAGUCGACAGAAUCCCGACGACUACACGAAGCU